AUGCAUCCCUAUCCUACCAAUAAGGCUAGACUACAACGAGUGAUAAAUUGGGCGCAAGACGGACUGAAACAAAAAGAAAAAGAGGAGAAAUUUGUGGGAGAUAUUGUUCCACAAAUCAGGAAACUAACACUCGAGUUUUUAAUAUCGAUCAAGAACGCACAUGGUUUACGAAUCUCAAACUUGACCCAUAAAGAGCAUUCAGCAGCGAACGUCGUCAAAGAGGAACAAACGAUGGUUGUUCAGCCCUACAUUUAA